AUCGCCCCGACCAAAGAUCUUCAGGCAGGAACUCAGAAACCACCAGCGGUACUUGCCUCCAGAUCCUCUCCCUUUCCUUCUCUCUCCAUUUUACUGGCAGGAUGGCAGUUCCUCAGUCAGUACGCAGGCAUGGGGCUCUCCCGGGACUGGUGCAGGGCAACCAACACAGGGUCAAAGAGCGUGGCCACUGGGAUAGUAAAACUGAGUUUAUUCUAGCUGUAGCUGGUGCUAUUAUUGGGCUUGGAAAUGUUUGGAGAUUUCCCUAUCUUUGUUACAAGAAUGGCGGGGGCGCUUUCUUUAUCCCAUACAUUCUGUACCUGGUGACCUGUGGCAUCCCCCUGUUCAUUUUGGAGACUGCUUUGGGACAGUACACCAGCCAGGGGGGCAUCAUCUGCUGGAAGAAGAUCUGCCCGCUGUUUGAGGGAAUUGGCUAUGCUGCCCUGGUAAUCACCACAUAUGGAUGCAUGACCUACACAGUUAUUCUGGCGUGGGCUUUCUUCUACCUGUUCUCAUCCUUUACUGCUGACCUGCCAUGGGCCAACUGCAACAAUGCCUGGAACACAGACGCUUGUGUGACAUUUGGCACCAAUAACGCCUCUAGCAACUGGACUGUUCCUCUCGUGAAUACGUCGUCGUCUGUAGUGGAGUUUUGGCUGUGGCGUGUGCUACGGAUAUCAAAUGGUAUUGAUUCAUUGGGAGGUAUUAGAUGGGAGCUGGCUCUGUGUCUUCUGCUGUCCUGGGUCAUCUGCUACUUCUGUAUCUGGAAAGGAAUCAGGUCAACAGGGAAGGCAGUCUACGUCACAGCCACCUUCCCCUAUGUCAUGCUAUUGGUGCUAUUAAUCCGAGGAGUGACCCUACCAGGAGCUACAGAUGGCAUCUUCUACUACUUAUACCCAAAUAUUACACGUCUAGCUGAUCCACAGGUUUGGAUGGAUGCAGGAACCCAGAUCUUCUAUUCUUACGCCAUAUGCCUGGGCUACCUGGCCUCUCUCGGAAGCUACAACACAUACAAUAACAAUUGCUACAAGGACUCCUUUUACCUGUGCUUGCUGAACAGUGGCACUAGCUUUGUGUCCGGUUUUGCCAUCUUCUCCAUACUGGGUUAUAUGGCUCAAGACCAAGGAGUGGACAUCUCUGUGGUUGCCGAGUCAGGUCCAGGCCUAGUGUUCAUAGUGUACCCUCAGGCAGUCUCCUUGCUCCCCUGCCCUCAGUUCUGGGCCGUCUGCUUCUUCACCAUGAUCAUCCUGUUAGGAGUGGACGGACAGUUUGUUGGACUUGAGAGCCUUGUGACCUCAGUAACGGAUGUCUACCCACACCUCAUCAGAAAGGGCUACCGGAGGGAGAUUCUGUUGCUGGUCUUCUGCUGCUGCUGCUACCUUGUCGGACUGAUCAUGGUCACCGAGGGUGGCCUAUAUGUCAUCCAGCUGUUUGAUCACUAUGUGUGCAGUGGUGCCACUCUGCUGCUCAUGUCCAUAUGUCAGUCACUCAGUAUUGGAUGGAUAUAUGGUGCUGAACGCUUCUGUGACAACAUUGAGGAUAUGAUUGGCUACAGGCCCUCCUCCCUGCUGAAAUACUGUUUGCUCUACAUUACCCCAUCUGUUGGAACAGGAACCUUUAUAUUCUCUCUGCUUAAGUACAGCCCUCUUAAGUUCAACAACACGUAUGUGUACCCUUGGUGGGCAUACACGCUAGGCUGGUUCCUAGCUAUGUCCUCCCUGUCUCUCAUCCCCAUCACCAUGGUCUACAAACUCUACCGGGGCAAUGGGUCUUUCUGCAAGCGCUUCAAAGAAAUUUGUCGGCCAGCAGAUGACCUUCCUAUAAUGAAGAAGGAGAUGAUACGUCCCUAUGAGCUGGAUUGUGCUACUAGUGAUAAAACGCAGCACUAAGAUAGACUGGCUGAAUGUUCCACUAUCACGAUUGGGCCAGUUUCCAUAUUAACUUUUUUUUAUACUGAAUGUUUUUUUCCUCCCUUCCCUCAUUUUACAUCUACAGCCCUGUUUAGCCCUGUUUAACCCUAUUUAACCCUAUUUAAAAUAUUUAUAACCUGUGUCAACACGUGGAGGCACACUCACUCACCAGAUGACCUUAGAUGUUUGUGAGUUUUCUUUGUUUUACAGUUGUGGGAAAAAUAAUAGUCACCCUUGCACUUUAUAAAAAAAUUUACUUAACAAAAAUAUUGACCUCCACAUUUCUUAAUUUCACACUUAAUAUUUUAGAAAAUGUGUCUUUGAUUCAGACCCUAAUACAUCCUUUCAGAAAAAAUGAUUUACACCCUGGACAAAACAUUUCUAAAAAAAUCUCAGAAUUCGUGAUUUCUUGAUUGCAGGCACAAACUCAGGUGACUUCAAUUCCGAAGUAAAAAAGAAAAAAAAUAUUUAACAAUUUCUACAAGGUACCAAUAAUAAUUGGCUCAUUUAUACAUCUGAUAGUGGAUUGCCCUGCAGUCUACUUAUAAACCCCAAAGCCUUUAAUGAUGUCGGUUUCAAAGUGAACAGCCAGCCAGAUAGCCUAUCAGAUGUAUAAAUGGGCCAAUUUUGGAAAUGAAAUCUUGAUUUAGUUAUACCCAACUUUGUAUUAUGUUAUAUUUGAAAAUCUUGUAGUUUUUGUAUCUAUUUUUAGAAAGUCAAAUUAUAGAC